AUGGCCGGCCGGAGCAGCCUCUCCAUGGUCGCGUCGCACCGGCUGUUCGCGCCGGCGGUGCACCCUGUGGGGGGCGCUGACCAUGGCGUGGAGCUAGACGAGGCCGACGUCCUCUGGGGCGGCGGCGGCGGCGGCUGCCCGGCGUCGUCCUCGCCGUCUUCGUCGUCGUCGUUCCUGUCCUCCGCGGCCGACCCGUACGCGCGGUCGCCGCCGGUGUCCGCGCCGUCCAAGCAGAAGCCGCGUAGCGCGGGUAGUGGCGCUCCGGCUCCAGGGCCGGCGUCGGUGCCCGUCAACAUCCCGGACUGGUCCAAGAUCCUGGGCGCCGAGUACGCCGGGAGCUGCGCUGGGGCGCGCGCGGCCUGGUGGGCGGCGCACGACGACCUCGCGGACGCGUUCACCGACGACGUCGUGGGCUGCGGCGGAAUCGGGGCCCGGCGCUGGGUGCCGCCCCACGAGGUGGUGCAGGUCCGGGAGCGCGCGGCAGCGUCCUUCUCCAUGCGCGAGGGCGUGGGUCGCACGCUCAAGGGCCGCGACCUCCGCCGCGUCCGCAACGCCAUCUGGGAGAAGACCGGCUUCCAGGACUGA